GGACAUCCACGACAAACACCUCGCACCUCCAGAGACGACUCGCGCGGCCCGCCUCAUUGGCUGGGCACAACUGGCUGACUUGCUUUUAUCAAUGCAAUGGAAUCACGGCAUGCGCACGCCAGCAUGCAUAUGCACCGUACAUUCGGCGCUGCAUCCAUCUCUUCAGACCGACAAAUUGGGGCGCAGAGCAACACAUGCAGCAUUUACGGGAAAGCCUUAGGCAGGACUCAGUCAUCAUUCAUGUACCAAUACCCUCCUGUUCUUCAGGGUUGUUUUUUUUGGGUUUUUUUUGGGGGGGUUUUUUUUAAUAGCGAAAUACACAAGCGCAGGCGCUGGGAAAGGAAAUCUGGAUUCUGGCGUUGGUCGGCAUAGCAUCUACACUUGCAAUGCACACGAUACGAUACUACCCAAUUGACCUCAUCAUGAUCCAAUCACCCGGUCCAUACCCUCCAUCAAUCGCAAACAGUG